UUAAUUAUUUAUUGAGAAUUUGAGGUAGCAGAGUAUAUACACCAAACAAAAAAGGAAAAAAUCUGUGAUGAACAUAAGAAUCGUAAAUUCUUUACACUAUAAAUACAUCCAGUAUUUUAUAGUUUGAGAAAUAAUUUUAAUUAAAAAAGAAGGAAAUACGCUAUGAACUGUUUUCAUGAAAAAUAAUAUGAUAAUAAAAGUUUCCAUAAAAUUUCUAUAUAAAUUGAAUUGAUAAAGGGGGAGGAAGAAGAUAACUUAAUAAGUGAAAAGAAAUUUUAUAAAGUGAACUCUUUCAUAAGUUGGUUAUGUGCAAUGCCGAGAUGCUGCAAUGAAAACAAGGCAGUGAGUUCGGUGAGCACCAGUCAGAAGCACAAUACAGAGGAUAUUUUGUUAACACAAACUCGUCCUUUUUCAAUUGGAAAUCAAUUAGAAUUAGAUGACGAUCCACCAAUUGUUGAAAAAUCACAUAGAAGAGUACGGUGCGAUCUAAGUCCAGUUCCAACAAAUACAAGUACCAAUUUGAGUAUAAAAUUUUUAACCAUCAAGGGGGAUAGAAGUACUCGUCAAGAUCAUCAGGUGAGCACUGGGUCUGGUGGGUACAGAGAAAAGGACAGAGAAUCUAAAAAGAGAGCAGCUAUAGGCAACACAGUGCGCGGGUUACUCUCAUCUGGCCACAGCAGGCAGGACAGGUAUGAGACAAAUAGACAAAGAUCUUCAGGCGGAAGUGGCCUGCAAAGUUUAUGUCCGAAGCUGGUGGCCAGUGGAGGCGGUAGUAACCAGGGUGGAAUCAGUUUGGCAGUGGGCCACUUAGCCUCUCAGGAAACUGGAGGCCCAUGUGCGGUUGUUACCACUCAGAGAAUCCAUAAUCACACACAUAAUCACAAACGCCAAAGAAAAUUGUCUACUGUUUCACAAGCUGGUACUAGCUCUCAUAAUUCCGGAGAUCGGAAGACAUCAAGUAUAAGUCGUUCCUCAACAACAAUUUGCAAGAAACAAGUACGAGCGCAGAGGACUGAUCACAGUACAGACUCAUUAUCUAUAACAACCAACGGAGUUGCGAGCAAUUCACCUGCUUCUAAAAAGAAAGUUCUAUCCGCUCUACGUAUCUCUGAAAAAUCGUCUUCACGGAAUCUCAAUUCGCCAUCUUUAGACAAUGAAAAUGAGCGCAGUUUCAGCGACGCAGAGGAAGCUAUCACAGCGACAGAAAAUGUGUUCAACGUCCCAGGAUCUAGUUCUACGCCUUCAACGCCGAUUAGUCGAGUGAAGUCGAAAAAAUCGGACGAAGAUGAGACGAGCGUGGAAUGUAGCAUCAGUGAAGAAGGCGCUGCGUCGCAGAGCGCGUCAGACAAGAAAGUAUCAUUAGACACUAGCGAGCAAAGAGUGACGGUCGCAGAAUGUUCCGAGUCGUCUAAAACUCCUAACACCGCGAGAAAGAUAUCGGCGACCGGCAUCGAUGAAGAAACGAUUACACAAAGUAAACAAAAAGUAUUCUCUACAUCUUCCAUAAGCACGCGAUGCAGUAGUAGCGAGAGCAGAACUGUCAAAUCUAAAAGUAAGUAUGUUACAGAAAAGCUAAUUGAACAGCGAGGUAGUAAGAGCUCGAAAGAAGCGAAUAUAGAGAAAAGUAUAGAUUCGUCCAUGGAAACGUCCACAAAUUCAACAGGUAAUAGUAAAAGUAACGAUGAUGUGAAACGGAGAACGUCCGCCGACACGUUAAAGUCUUCUAUCAGCAUGGCGGAGAGCGAGGGUGUGACUAAAGAUUGCGAAGAAGACACAGCCGAGGAAGGAAAGAAGACGCAGCAAGAGAACGAGGAAGUGGUAAAAAGUUCGAGGUUUGUGACGUCGAAAGUAUCAGAGGAGAUAGUGGAAACCGAGGGAAAAGAUAUGGAGGCGCAAAGAGAGGAAGAAGAGGGAGAAGUGACAAUAUAUGACGAAGAUGACAAUGGCACCAGUAUCAGUGAUAUUGUUGCCGCACAAGCACUUCAUGAAUCUCUGAGUAAAUUAGGGAAAGUACCACCUUUGGACACCGAUAUGGAGAACGUUAAAACCACGAAUAUCGAGGACGAAAUUAAAACGGAGAAGGAUUCCCAAAAGGAUGUCGCGCAGGAGGAGACGGUCGAGGGUUUCAUUGGUCCUUUGCUCGACGAAAAUUUCAAAGCGGACGAGAAGCUGUCGCAGAAAACUAUGGCCAUGGAGGAGGUUCGGAAUUUGUUGAUGAAAGUGAAAGUUCAGACUGUAGAGGACGAUGACGACGAAGAGAAGGCUAUAGGUAUAUCGCCGGACGGUAGGUUCUUGAAAUUCGAAGAGGAAAUCGGUAGAGGCAGCUUUAAGACUGUAUAUAGGGGUUUGGAUACUCAAACUGGUGUAGCUGUUGCUUGGUGCGAACUACAGGAGAAAAAGUUAAACAAGACAGAAAGACUGAGAUUUAGGGAGGAAGCAGAAAUGUUGAAAGGAUUGCAACAUCCAAAUAUUGUUAGAUUUUAUGAUUAUUGGGAAGUUACACUUACGCGUAGGAAAUACAUUGUACUAGUCACUGAACUUAUGACUUCAGGAACAUUGAAGACAUACCUAAGACGUUUUAAAAAAAUUAAUCCGAAGGUAGUGAAGUCUUGGUGUAGGCAAAUUUUGAAGGGCCUUAGCUUUUUACAUUCAAGAGCGCCACCGAUUAUUCACCGUGAUCUGAAGUGUGACAAUAUUUUUAUUACUGGUACAACGGGGAGCGUGAAAAUUGGCGAUUUAGGUCUCGCCACUCUGAAGAAUCGAAGUUUCGCGAAGAGCGUGAUCGGCACGCCCGAGUUCAUGGCGCCGGAAAUGUACGAGGAGCAUUACGAUGAAUCCGUUGACGUGUAUGCGUUCGGAAUGUGUAUGCUCGAAAUGGCAACCAGCGAGUAUCCGUAUUCCGAGUGUACUGGACCGGCGCAGAUAUACAAGCGUGUAGUAUCGGGAGUGAAGCCGCAAAGUUACGACAAGGUGGAAAACCCAGAAGUCCGAGAGAUCAUAGAAAUGUGCAUCCGACUGAAGAAAGAAGAGCGACCGUUAGUUAAAGAUCUUCUGAACCACGAGUUCUUCGCGGACGACGUUGGACUGAAAUUGGAAAUGGUCUCGCGAGACUCUGCGGUGGCGGACGCGGAGUUGUCGCGCGUUGAGUUUAGACUGCGAGUGUUGGACCCGAAGAAGCGUACCAACAAGCACAAGGAGAACGAGGCGAUACAGUUCGACUUCGACAUUCAAGCCGACAACGCGGAGGAGGUGGCUUCUGAGAUGGCUAAGUCCAGCCUGAUACUGGAGGAAGACGUGAAGGCUGUCGCGAAGAUGUUAAAGUCGCAGAUCACCGCAUUGUUACGCGAGAGGGAAGAGCGCAAAGCCAAAGAAGAGAAGGAACGUCUGGACAGAGAAGCGGACAGCACCACUACCAACGAGAAUUUACUGCAGCAACAGCUGUUGCUCCAGCAGAUGCAGCUGCAACAGCAGCAGCAGCAGAUACAAUCCAACAUGGGCAUUCAGAUCCAGAGUCAAGUACAAAUGCAGUUACAACAGAACCAAAUACCACUUCAAUCGCAGCAGCAGAUGCAGCCUACCGCGCCGCAGUCCCAGCAACACAGCUUGCAACCGCAGCCGGUUCAGUUGGUCCAGCAACAACCGUUGAUGCAGCAACAGACGUCGGUCGUUCAACCCCAGCAGGCACAGCAAAUGCAACAGGUCCCUCAAGUUCCCCAACAGGUUCAGUACCAGCAGCAACAGUACCAGCAACAGUUACAGCAGCAGUACCAGCAACAGCAACAACCGUACCCGCAGCACGUCUCGCAGAAUAUAAAUCCUACUUCUUCUCAAUGCUCCACGCCUCAAACUGUUCAGACUCAGCCACAGUUCCCUCAAGUGACUCAGCAGAUGCAGCAGCAACAACACAUGCACCAGCAACAGCAGCAGUACAUACAGUUGAAUCAGAUGAACGUACCCCAGCAGAUCAGCCACCAAAUGCAGCCGCAGAUACAACCGCAGAUACAGCCUCAAAUUCAGCCGCAGAUACAACCGCAAAUUCAGAUCCUGUCCCAGCAACAACACGUGCAUCAACAGAUGCAGCAGACCCAACAAGUGCAAUACUCUCAACCACAGGUGCAGCAUGUGCAACAAGUGCAACAAGUGCACCAGCAUUCGGUGACCUCCCAGCCGGUUCAAAACCAACAGUUCUACCAGCAGAGUGCCACAGGAACCGCAGGCUACAACACGCAGCCCAUCUAUCAGCAGAAUCUGUCUCAACAGAUGUAUCAUUCGUACACCAGCUCCAAUCCACCUAGUCACGUGGAGAUGAUACCGUCGAACCAGCCCACCGCCCAAAUCUACUCUCACACAAGCAUCCCGGGCAGCACGGCCCCGCCAACCUCGCAGCCUUACAUACAACAGUCCGGACAGGUUCCAGCCUCUGUACCAUCAAGUAUCAACAUUCAAAGCUCAUCCUCGGCUACUCUCAUACAAAGUGCAGCAACUGCUACCAUGCCAACCAUGCAACCAGCGCCUGCCAUCCUUCCUAACGGCGGACACCAGUCGCAGCCUCAGCAGAAUGUCCUCGUGCAAAUGCAAUAUUCGCAGCCCACCAACGUGCCCACCUCUGUGUCCAUGUCAUCUGGAAUCCCCGUACAGUCAACGACGACCUCGCAGCACCAGCAUUUCGUUUCCAAUACAGAGCAGAUCACAACGGAACGAUCUUCCCUGCCUAAGCAAGACACCAUGGAUUCUGUGCAGUCCCUGCCAGCGGACAUGCCUUCCAGCAUUCAAGACCAAGUGACUGGGUCCAGUUUGACCAACGCUAUGUGUCAGACCACAGGACCAAGUGAAGGGUUAACUCAAGAGACCUCCGAGAACGUCUCCUCAGAGAGAAGCAGAGUGAAGAGAUCUGGUACAAAGCGGAAGAAGCCUGGUAUCAAACUGACUGUCCUAUCAGUGAGCAGUGGCGAGGGUCAGUCGGUUACUGUUGAAUGUCAGCUGGACACGAGCAAGCAGAAAACGGUGACGUUCAAAUUCGACAGAGACGACAUGGUGCCUACUGACAUUGCUAACAACCUGGUAGCUGAAAACCUGUUGCCUCAGUCUCAGUGUGAAACGUUCGUCGAGCUGAUAGAGGAUAUCGUUAAACAACUACGUCUGGAUCCCACGCGAGCUCUGCCCUUGGUAGCACAUGGUCCUCCGGACCAGUCAGCCGGUGGUAGCCCAGUUACGAGUCGUCGACCUAGAGAUCGUGACCACAGUCUUGAUACAGCAAAGGUGAGACAUGGCUCGCUAACUCGUCAGAGCAGCCACCGAUCGUCGUACAAAAUCCAUCGUAGACACCGUUCGAGAGACGAAACCUCCAACACCUCUACACCAACGAAAUUACUGCCGAUCGAUCAGAUUAUUUCUCACAUCACCGGCGCUACCACCGAGAAGCAGCAAAGCGUGCAAACACCCGACAGCCAAGUGGGUCUGGAGAACACGUCGGCUGAAGCAUCCAGACGUUCGUCCACCUCCACGCAGAACACGGACACUCUGACUCCAACUAAUCUACCCAGUGAUCCAACUGACACUCAAGAGACGGUAGUCACGGUACCAAAUGCAGAGGCAGGUCUGGAGCACAGCAUGUCCAAGGAGGACAAAUUCUAUCAGUCCGCGUACACUCAGAGUUCGGCACACGACAUGGUUGGGAAUCAGUCGAUUGAAAUGGGAAAGGAGUCUGUGGUUCAGGACACGAUUGAUUUCCAGGAGAAAGAGACAGUCAAGGAAACGCAGAUCGACGCUACAGCCACAGAGGUGGCCACUUUGACCGCGCCGCCUCCGAUCAGGAAGAUCUCUCGCUUCUUAGUCAGUCCAGUGGUCGAGCAGAAGGUUCUUACCAGCGAGGAGGAGGAAGCUGCUAUAGAGAAUGCUGACAAAGCUAAUGUUUCAGCGACACAGUCGACUUUAGUGUCGCAGACCAGCGUGGUGGAUGAGGGACAGGUGAAACACGACGAGUUAGAAGUAAAUUUAGAAGCCCAAACUAUUGUCUCUGAGAAAGCCAGCGAAACUGUUCUACAAAAUACUCAGUAUGUCGAGCAAGUGGAUGCUGUUCAGAUGCAGUCCGGACAGCAGAUCGGUAUACAAAGCACUAUACAAGGACAAGCAUUGCCACCCAUGCCACAGAUUCAGCCGAACGUUAACGCUAUACAAUCUAGUCCACACAAUGUGAUCGUGCCGGGGUCAGCGGCCACGCAUCAGUUACCUCAACAAAUACAGCCUGCUCAGAACAUCAUGGUCGCGACUCAGAAGGAUCUGCAGGCCCAAGUUCCCCCCAACAAUGUCAACUUGCAGGGGCAGUAUCAGAGUCAACCUAUGCCGUGCAACGUCCUGCUGCAACAGCAGCAGAUCACCGUGCAGCACAAUCUGACGCAAAUGCACAUUCAACCCGAACAGCUUCAGCACCAAGGGCAGAUGCAGGCGCAGCGACCGAUACAACAGUUCCACUCUCAGCAAGUCCCACCUCAGCAGUACGUGAUUCUUUCCGGGCCCAUCCAACAGUUGCAGCCAACGACAAUUGUGGACGAGAGGAACCGUAGGAUAUCAAACAUUUCCACAGCUUCGAACAUGUCCACGGAUUCGCAGAUGUCGGAGAUAGUCAAUCUCACUGAUGAUAAGAAGCAGUCCAUGCUUGUUCCUGGUUCAUCCAUGCACCACGUGCAGCACGCGCAAGUGAUUCCUCAGGAAGGACAGAAUAUUGCAUCUAUGCCACAGACUAUGUUAGAUCAGCAGCAGCAGCAGCAGCAGCAACAAUUACAGCCAGCUCCUCAGAACGUGAUGAACGUCCCAACGAAUGCACCCAUGCCUGUCUCAGUUCCUGUCCAACAAGUCGUCCCCACAGAAGUCGCUCCUAAAGUGAUGCUCAAGACGAAAGAGGUCUCGUCGACACUCCCAGAUCUGGCGCAAAAUUUAGCGAACAUACUUUCCAAUCCAAAAUCAAAGUCUGCGACUCCUCAUGGUAUGAUCAGUCACGAACAGAAUCCAGCCGCCAACGUCGCAGCGGCUACGGUAAUCGAUUACAAGCCUACGCUUCAAUCCGAACAGUAUUUCCAACCUAUACAACCCGAAGCGAGUCAGAUGCAAGUGCCGGCACAGAUGCAACACAAUUACCAAGCAAAUAUACCGCAAGCAGGAAUCACGCAAACGUUUCAAGUCACUCAACAGUCUCAGCAAACUCAGAUGCCUCUGCAGCAGGCGAUGCAGCUGAACGCGACUCAACAAAUAGAUCCUCAGCUUCAGAUUACGCAACAAAAUUUUCAAGGAGUCUCAACUGUGUCGCAAGGGAAGUGGAUCGCCACUACGAAUCAGAACAUCAUACAGCAGACCAUACCAAUGAGGCAUCCGCAGCAGACCCAGCCACAACUGCAGCAAACCAUUCCUGUGCAACAGCAAAUCAUACAGGAUACACAGAGUGUAGAAUGUUUCGUUCAAACGGAUCAAUCCCAACUCCAUUUGAAACUCCCCGAGCAACAGCUUCCAGCCAAGAUGUCAGAGAUGGACACUCAAGAAACAAUUACGUUAACUGGACGUAUCAGCACCGAAUGCCACCUACUGUCAGAAGCUGAGAAUUCCAGUCACGAUGUGACUCCUGAACAUACUAUAGUUGAAUCUGUGGAUUCAACGUUGUUCACACAAAACCAGAUGUUACAACAGCAGCAGCAACAGCAGCAGCAGCAACAACAACAACAGCAGCAGCAACAUAGGAAGUUAAGUCAGCAAAAUUCUCUGGACAAAGUCCCGGAUGCUAUUGGAACGAGUGGUCCUGGUGGAACAGGUCCACAGACGAUAGCGGAUCUUCAUCAGAAGCUUGUCCAGCUAACGAGUCAGCCAUCCGAAGCACUGAACGUAGGAACACCACCUAUAAGUUAUCCAGCUACUCCUCAUAACCAUCAAAUAGUUGGAGGUUAUGAUGCUUACAUGAAUUCUUUGCAGCAGAAGUUGGUUAACAUUGGUAUGCCAAUUUCAACUACGCAUGGCGUAGGUCCUCUGUCGCCUCAGACAACGAUACAGUCUUCUGCUUCUUUGGCUGACUCAAAUGUGACGACAAAUGUUGAGGCUUUAGCUUUAGUUCAAGAUAACUCUAUUCACCAGCUUGCGCUUUCUCAAACUCAUGUAGAUUGUUCCCUCGAUAGUCCAACGCCAGGAGGAGGUACUACAGGAUCAGAAACGAUGAGCCCCAGCAAGGAAAGCAUAAAGGUCCGAGCGCAGAGGCCCGGAUCUCGCCUCCAAGAGCUGGAGCAAGAGUUAGCGAAGAUCCAUCACAGAGGCUCGGUCCUCUCGACGGCUUCUCCGCAACCCAUGACUCCUCCCGUUAGUUCCGUUCAAAUACAAUCAUCGUUACAGUCCGCUCAAAGUUUACUGACCACCGUUCCGCCUGUGUCGACCGUACCAGUCGCCACUGUUACCCCCAGCGUGAUUGCGUCACGCUCCGACACGAAUACCCCGGUGCAAACGGAGAGCCAAGAAACCGUCUCAGAGAAGGUUAGUACAACGCAACCUGUUAGAAAAAUAUCAAGGUUCGUGGUUUCCAAGGUCGCAGGUCCUCCUAAUAACGCUGCACCACCGAACCAACAGCAAUACGCGGAGGAUCCAAAGGUUUACCAUGCGGAGGACACACAGGGUACAUCGGUACAAAUAAUUCAUAGUCGCGAAGGUUCUAUUCCACCUACACAACCCAGCCAAUCUGCUGUCAGUGGUCCUACAAUGGAACAAACAGAAAAAGACGAAAGAUUUUGGACGUUAACGCCAAGCGAAGAAUACCAGUUACUCAUAAAAAAGCAAACUAUGGAAUUGGAGACAUUGCAGAGAAGACACAGGGAGGAGCUGGAACGUUUCCAGCGACACCAGUUGCAGCUGCUGAUCCAGCAGCAGCAAUUAAAAGCGAGCGCGCUCCAUCAGCAUCACCAUCAGCAUCACCCUGUGCUUUAUACCGUCGCGACUAGCCUGGCUGGACAAACUAGACUUCCAAAUACAGAGGACUAUUUAAUGUUUAACACAACGCCUCAAACUCCAUUGCAAAAAGCUCCAAGUAAUUAUCCAGACACCGACGAGACGUUACGGUUAGCUAUGCAAAAAUUGAAGCAAACUCCUUUGCAACUUCAACCGCAGCAGGCAACGGCUGGAAUACCGCACGCUUACGUUAUUCCGAUUCCAGUAGUGCCUUCCGAGACUAUGCAGAACAUGCCCCCCCAGCAGUCUAGUAGUUACACAAGUGAUAUCGCUGACUCGUACGACUCCACGCAUAAUUCAAUUAUAAAUUCAGCUCAGUAUCAGUUCACGCCUAUAUUGCCGGACGGGACGAAUAUCGCUGUGUCCUCUACCGGCUCGUUAGUCACGCCUAUUCCGAUAUCGAGCUCGACGGGUAGCGGAGGUUACAUCCAGUACCACGAGAACCAAACGUUACCAAAUUUCCAAACGUUCAGCUGCACGCCGCACGGCGGCUUCUUUCUGCCGGCCGGCUACAGACUGAUAUACGCUCCGCAGCCGGCGUCGCAGUCUCAGCCAGCCACACCGGCCACACCGCAUAUAGGGAAUUCUCACGACGGUACGCCGCCGGCGGAACCUUUACAUGCAAGUACCGACAACUCAGCUACCCCUCCUCACACCGAUCAAUAACGUAAUUUCAAGCAAGCUAUAUUAUUCUCUAUUUUCUCAAUUUAUUCGUUCUUGUAAUGCAGCGACACCCUCAAAGUUGUGGAAAUUAUUGAAGUGACUGGAAGUGUUACCACCGUGGAGAAAAUCCUGAGAGAACCAUGCUCAAUUUAACGAUGAUUUCAUUACUCCCUGUUACCGAAUAGGUCAUCUCGAAUUCCCAGGAAACAGUUUCUUUUAGAGAGUAAUCUUGUUAGGUAAAACGUCUGUUUAGUGUAAGUACUAGAUUGAAAAUUAAGGAUAUCUCCCGUGAAAACAUUUUAGAAACGGUGUAAAGAUAUCCUUCAUUUGUUAGUUGUAAAAGGAGGUGUUUUGUGCUCGAAAUUAGAGGAAGGAACAACUUUGGGGAUGUUUCUGUAAAUUCUUAAUUUAAACUUGUUGCCCCUUGUCCACUAGUAUGAGAGAUCAUGCAUUACUAUUACGAUUGUUAUAUUAUAAUAUAGUUUUGCUAAAUACGUAUAUUGCUACCCUCGUCCUCGUGGAUGUCGCGUACGUAGGGGAGGCGUGUAUGAAAGUAUUUAGGGUGUGCUCGACGCCGGGGCAUCCUCGUGUUAAUCGUUGGAAUAUUCUCGUCGCGUACGCACGGUGGUGAGCAUGAUAUUAAUAUUUGAUAUGUGCCUCGCAGCGAAUGCGAAUGGUGGGCUCGUACGUGGGGAAUAUUUUGAAUGAACUGAAUUUCUGGACACACGUGAAAGAAGAAAAAGAUGAAGAUGAAGAUGAAGAAAAAGGAGAAGAUGAAGAAGAAGAAGAAGAAGAAGAAGAAGAAGAAGAAGAAGUGACGAGAGAGAAAGGU